AUGGCGGACGAAGAUACUAAACGGAGGCUCUUUCUUUUGCAAAAAGUUUUUGAAGGAAGGCGAAGGAGGAGGCUGACAAUGCAACAGUAUAUGCAGCAUCGUCUUCAGGAAAAGCAUAGACUAAUAAUUCAACUUUUGCUGUUGAUUGUUCUCAUUUUGUCUCAUCAAAAUGCAACACAAGUUUAUCGAUCCUGUCGCCGACUACCAAGAAGUACAGGUUGGUUGAAUAUUGUUUGGCACCAAUACUCGGAUGCUAGGUUUAAAAAGUUGUUCAGAGUAUCAAGAGCAACAUUCCAGUUUAUUCUCAGUCGUAUCAAACAUGACCUAGAACGAGAAGCAGUCACUGAAGAACCUAUAUCAACAGCUUUCCGGUUAGCAAUCUGUUUGUACCGCCUUGGUAGAGGCGACUAUUACUUCACCAUUGCGGAGAUGACUGGUUUGGGAGUGUCAACCGUAUGCGGUGUAGUGAGUGAAGUGUGCGGGGCAAUUGUUGAUAAUUUAUGGAAAGACUGCGUGCAACAACAUUUCCCAACAAGUGAAGCACUGUACAAGGAGAAAGUUUUAGACAUGGAGCAAUUGUGGCAGUUUCCAUAUGCCUGGGGCGCAAUCGAUGGAUGUCAUUUGCCUUUAAAGUGCCCUGCUGGUGGUGCAGAAUCGCGGAAAGAAUACCAUAACUUUAAAAACUUUUAUUCUAUUGUACUUAUGGCUAUUGUUGAUGCUAAAUAUAGAUUCAUUUGGGCUAGUUGUGGGUUCCCUGGGAACUCUCAUGAUUCAAUAAUUUUUCAGUUUACUGAACUUUGGGAAGAUAUUACAGAGAGAGAGAUAAUACCCAAUCUAGGUAGAAAUGUUAAUGGAGUAAAUGUCUCACCUGUUAUCCUUGGAGACUCUGCUUUUCCAUGUAGAACAUGGUUACUGAAACCAUUUACAAAUGCUGUACUUACUCCCCAACAACGUUAUUUCAACUAUGGGCUAAGUAGAGGGCGAAUGGUGACAGAAGGAGCAUACGGGCAACUUAAAGGCAGGUGGAGAAUUCUUCUGAGAAAAUGUGAAAGCAGACCAGACGGGGUCAGAUUGGCUUCAUUAGCCUGCAUUGUUCUCCAUAAUGUUUGUCUUGACAGAGGUGACACUAUUUCACAAAAGCUUGAUCUGACAAGAGAUCCUUCCACAGGAGAAUUAAGGGAUAGAGCAACAAUACGAAGACUUCUACAAAUGAGGAACUGCCCAAAGAUAAGGGACACUUGCCCACAGGCAACCCGUAUUCGAAAUGCUCUUGUAGAAAAGUUUUGGAGAGAGCAAGAGGGACAUGGGGUAUGUUAG